GAGACGAACAGGAAAAACCAGAACCCUGAAAAGCAAGUGCACAAAGUGUGGUGUGGCUAGAAAUAGUGAAGGUUACUGAUUUGUGGAGUAGAAUCACGGAAGGAGGAGCAGAGAUGAUCAGGUGAUGAAGCAGUCAGAAAUAAAACAGAUGAUGUAUGAGAACAGAGAAAGAAAACUCAGGAAGCUAUUUAGAAAAAAAGCUAUUUAUUGAAACAGAUGGAGGUGCCACAUCGGCCAGAAAUGUUUGACUUCCACGGAGUCUGCAUGGUCCAUCAGUUUACUGACAACUGGGAUAAUCUACAGAACUUCAAAGCAAGACCAGAUGAUAUUCUUAUUGCUACUUACCCUAAAGCAGGGACCACAUGGGUGUCUUACAUCCUCGAUCUUCUAUAUUUUGGACGCAUGGGUCCAGACCGUCAAACAUCCAUCCCUCUUAAUGAUAGAGUACCCUUCCUGGAGAUCUGCAAACCUUGUUUACCCACAGGUACAGAGCAGGCAGAGAAACUUCCCACCACUCCUCGUCUCAUUAAAACACAUCUACCAGUCCAGUUUGUACCACAGUCGUUCUGGCAGCAGCGCUGCAGGAUAAUCUAUGUGGCCCGUAAUGCAAAGGACAAUGUAGUGUCUUAUUUCCACUUUGCACGCAUGAACAGUGCCCUGCCAGAACCAGGAGACUGGAGCUCCUAUCUGCAGGAGUUCAUGGAGGGGAAGAGGGCUUUUGGGUCAUGGUAUGAUCACGUGAACAACUGGUGGGAGAAAAAGGAGACUUAUUCAAAUCUUUACUACAUGUUCUAUGAAGAUUUGAUUGAGGACUGUGGACGAGAAAUAGACCGACUGUGUUCCUUCCUUGGUUUGUCUCCGUCAGCUGAAGAGAAGGAAAGAGUCAGAGCCAGUGUGACGUUUGACAGCAUGAAACAAAACAAGAUGACCAACUACUCUGAUGUCAAAACUAUGAACCACAAGGUGUCUCCUUUCAUGAGAAAAGGAAAAGUUGGUGACUGGAAAAACCACUUCACUGUGGCCCAAAAUGAAAAGUUUGAUGAAGACUACAAGCAGAAGAUGAAGAAUCCUGAUCUAAAGUUUCGCUUUGAAAUUUAGAGGCCCCACUGGGUGUGACGAAGAUCUGAAGUGAUGAUGUUCAGACUGAAGUACUCAAACACAUGUCCGCAUUCUGUGCCAUACACUUUCUUUAUUUUGCUGGCCAGCUAUCACGAUUGUUUUCUCAUUCACAAAGACUAAAAGACAUUUUUGUUAUUUCCAAAUAGACACUCUCUGAUCAGAGAUUGAGGAGGUUGAAGUUUUACAACCCCAGGAAUGAGAAAAGACUCUCUCACUAAUAUAUUCAUAUAUAAUGAUGCAAAUAUUUUUUUCUUUUCUCUUCUCUUUUUCUCUUUGUGAACAUUGCAUUCUAAGGGACUGUAAGUUGUUCAGGUUGUAAACAUAUGCACUUAGAGUUAGUUUGAUGUAUCAGUGUCAAGCUGAUAUCUAAGUGGGUACAUUAGGAAGUGUUAAGUUCAUAUGUGCUCCAGUCCAUCAAUUCUUCAAAGUAUUGGACACUGAUGGUAAACUGCCAUCAGACCCUAAAUAAAUUGUCCUCUGUUGUUAU